GCUCGCGGUUUGUUUGUUUCAACAGAUUUUUACACCGAUUUCAAAGUGCAUUAGCUGAAAAAGAAAAAUCAAAGUAGAAAAUCUUAUUCGAUUUUUCUUAAUUUUCAAUCAAAAAUAAAUUGUGAAAAAACCCCAUCAUGUUGCAUAUGUUGCAGCGCAACACAAUGGCCAAAAGAGCAUAAAGUCUUAGCUGUUAGACGAUGGACUAAUGAACAGCCGGCUGGGAGUGCAAGUAAGCCAGAGAGACAGACCGCCAGUCAGCCAGACAGCCUGCCAGCCAGACAGACAGCUUGUCACGCAGUCAAGCUACGUAGCCGGACGCACGCAGCAGCUUAGCGGCUUUUAUUGGCAUUGACAGAGGAGAGGAGCGAGGCCAAAGGAUGUUUGAUGUCACCUGGCUGCCCACCGCCUGCGGCUCAUUGGCGCCCGCAUUGAUACCGCCGGCUCACAUAGUCAUCCUUUGGUACUUUUGGGAGAAUUAUGCACGCUAUGUGGAUAGGCACUUCUGUACGUGCUCCUGCUGGGACACCGUAUUCAAGGGCCCCUACGAGUCGGGAGUGGCCGCCUACAAGCACAUGUACUUCAAUGCGACGCCGAACAGCUUCAAGAUGUGGAUACUCACCGUAUUUGCGGUAAUUGCACUUUACGAGUGCAUCAAGCGACUUAUCGCAUUGAUCCUGCAGCAGCGUGUGCGCUACUCAAUGCUCCUGCUCUUCCUGCUCUCCAUCUUCUCGCACUACUAUGCCUGGUGGGCGUACAUCAACUACUACAACGACGAUUACUACAAUCAAUGGAAUCACCAACUUUUCUUCACGAUAACGGAGCUGCUCUCCACCGUGCUGGUGAUGCACCUGGCCAGCACAACGAAUGUGGUCAAGCCGAAGAAGGUGUUUUGCAUUGUGGGCAUUGCGCUGCUGCACAUUCUGGCCGGGAGCUUCGAUCAGUUCUUCAUGAAUGUGGUGCGUGGCGAGGGUGCUGCGCAUCAGGUGGUGCGUGACAUUGGCUUUAUGCUGCCGGAUCUGUUGCACCUGGUCAUACCGCUGUGGCUGCUGCGGCGAGCGCGCAGUGAGAGCUUCACAACGCGACCCUUCUACCGGGAUCGUAAGCUGCAUCGGGAUAUUGUGGCCAUGCUGUGCCUGGUCUCGAUGCUGUUUGUGCUCUGCACGAUUUUGUGAGAACGAAUCCUGUUGGGCGCCUACGAGGAGGCGCACGGCAAGAUAAAGCCCGCUCAGGAUGCUGCCGUGCUGCUGCUCAAUCGCUAUCGCAUGCUGGCCAACAGCAAUGUGCACAACUAGUGGACGAUGGCCGGGGCCGGACUGCAUCAGGAUGGACUGUGGACAAUAUGCUGCACUUGUCAGUAAGUGUGUGGGGGGCGCUGCCACGCCCCUCGGCUUGUAGUUUUUUGUGCUUUAUGUUUUGCAAUUUACGAUUUGUGAUAGUUUUUCAAGAGAAGAGAAGAGAGAGGGAGAGAGAUUUUUGGGAUUAGGGCACACAGAAUAUCGAAGCAUAUAUAUAUAUAUAUAU